AUGGAAAAACAAUUAAAAACCAAAACACAUGUUUAUUCUACAGUAUAUCGUGGUGAAGAAAAAUGUCUAGAAGAAGCUAUCUUAUUACCAAUUAAUAAUGCGAUAAUGUAUCCAAAUAAUAAAAUAUUAUAUGAAAAAUCAGAUAAUAAUAUAGAUUUUAUAGAUAUUUCGAAUAUAGAUAAACAAAUAUUUUUCGAUAAAGGAUCUAAUCAAGAUACGGUUUAUGAUAAUGUUAUAAAAAAAUAUAAUUUAGCUAAAAAUCAUUUAAAUGAAUGA